AUGGCUUUUGCUCCAAGUGUCAAUCCUUGUUGUCCUCCUGCUGCUCCUCUUCGCGUACCAAUACCACAAACACAACAGCCCGUGUGUGUUCCAGUGUGUUGUUGUGUUGAACGCAUCUGCUGUGAUCCGUGUUUAGGACCACGUCGUGUUGCUCAAUAUUAUCAAACGAUGAUCGAGCUCAUCGAGUUUUACUUGGAACAAAUGGGAUCGGAGUUGGAAUACACUCGUGUGCGAAUUCGUUCCAGAAAAACUCGAAUCCGUGUUCAACAUAUCCUACAUACUAUAUACACAGUUUUGGAUAAAUUUUAUGCCUAA